UUCGCAGAGUUAACAUGUAUUAUUAAAUUUUUUUAAACCGGCGAAUUUUAAUUUUUGAUUAGACAAUGAAUGCAAAUAUUUGUCGUUGCUGUCUUAUGGAGAAUCCUAUCAUUACUUAUAAUAUCUUUGAUCAGACUACAAAUCUGUGGAAUGAGUUGCGUGAAUGUUCGCCUAUAGAAGUACAAAUUAAACCUGAUGACGGUUUACCACGUGUGAUUUGUGAUUUGUGUUGGUUGCGGGUUCAAGAAGCGAUCGAUUUUCGAAAGCGUUGUCUGAUCGCCGACAGAGAAUUGAGACAACGUUACGCCGAACAUAAGAAUAAAGCUGUAGAGGAAGUUUUGGGCUUAAUAGAGAAAUUGCGAGAAAAAGAUUUAUUGGAAUCUCAAAACAAUAGAUCGCCCAUUAAUUUGCAAGAAAUUUUAAACGAAGAGCUAGAUUUAAUCGAUUUGGAUAAUCCUCAGACAAAUUUGUUAAAUAAUUUUACUAGUGCAACAAAUGAGGAUCCUGUACCUAAUAAUAUAGUUGAAUCUACCAGUGAUAAUCACUAUAACUCUUCCUUAAAAACAUGCGAGACUGAUAAUAAUCAGAAAGAAUCGCCUUGCUUAGAGACAACACAGGAUGAUUCGGUUAGACAUAAAAAAGGACCGUUUUAUUGCCCGAAAUGCGAAAAGAAAUUUACGCGAAACUUUCAAUUAAAGUUACACAUGACAUCCGUCCAUAAAUUGGGCAACGCGCCUGAAUAUAAAUGCAAUACAUGUGAGAAAAUCUUUGCUUCCCUUCAUAGUCUCAGUUAUCAUCAGAAAUCUGUACAUUCGCAAGAAAGACCAUUUAGGUGCACACACUGCCGCCGGCAGUUUGUAUUGCGUAGUCAAUUGAAUUCACACCUGCGUGUACACACCGGCGAAAGUAAGCCCCGUACGCAUGAGUGCUGCGAUUGCGGUAAACUGUGGCCAACAAAAUCGGAUUUGCGAACUCAUAUGCGUUCCCAUAAUCCCAAAAUUGAACGGCCUUUUAAAUGCAAUGAAUGUGAGAAAAGUUUCUUUACACGGGGUCAUUUAAAGUCACAUCUAUUGGUGCAUACCGGAGAAAAGCCAUUUUCUUGCGAGUAUUGCGAACGUGCGUAUCAAAGUAUUGGCAAUCUAAAUAAUCAUUUAAUUCGCCGCCAUAUGGAUGAAGUGAAAAAUACGCGGUGCGAGGAGAGAGAAAAUAAAGUGUUAAUGGAGCUCUGAGCUCUGAGGGAAUCGGACAGAAUUCAGAAGAAAGAGUAUUGCAAAUAUGUGGAAAGUAUUUAGUGUAACAUUAAUUAGAAAUUAAGUGAUAAUCCACAUGAAUAACUAUAAGAAAUAAGAAAGUUAAAUUCAUCACAAGACGAGUCCUCUGUAUUGAUCGUAUUCAGAAAAUCUUUCACCUUGUUCACUGUUUUGAUAGCGAUGGUGACAAAAUUGAAAUCGAUAUUUGUCGUAGCUUGAAAGAUGUUUCCGUUUCUUUAGCUCCUUAGCAACUUUUUAAGACAGCUUGAGCUACCUUCAAGUUUUGUCUUAUCAGAAACGCCUGCGCUAAGUGUCAUCUUCUGCCCACUAUGAAUGAAGGGACUAUUAAACGCAGAUAAAUUGAUUCGGGAUCUAUGGUGAUCGGUAUAAAAAUUAGAUCGAUCUGUAAUAGGAUCACCUAUUAUUUCCUUUAUUGCAAUAAUUAAUAAAUCCCUCACAAAUACAUUCGAAAUCUUACCUUAGUUAAGUUUGUAAAUAUAUCAUGGAGAACUCCGCACACAUUGUAAGAUGAUAGAUCGCUUCAGAGAUGAGUUUGACAGAAUAACUUCGCAUUUAAAUACGUCCAUUAGUAAAUAAAUUACACUUACUUUGAUGCUUAAUAUAAUCAAAUUAAUAAAAUUUAAAUAAACCACAAAUGUUUGCAUAUCACAUCGUGCAUGGAUGUGUCAAUGCAUUUGCACUGCUUUACACGCAAUCGAUACCUGCUAUUAUGUAUAAAAAGAUCUAUAUCUAUAAAGAUAGAAAUGAUUUCCAUUAGCUAUUAGAUAUUUGGUUUAUUUCUGCUUCCUCGCAAUAUUAUCGAUUUCAUUCACAUGAUAAAUGUUUCGAAAGUAUAUACAUACAUGUAUUUCUUGCUUUCAUGGAAAAUUGAAAUUUAU